UUCACUAGUAUUCCUCAGCAUCAGCAGCAUUCGCACAGAAGAUCACCGCCGUACUGCUGUUCACACACCAGUUCCGAUCUCAUCUGCAUAUAUAUCGGUGUCAUUAAGUGCAUAUUCUUCUGUCUAAAUUCUCGAAUAACUCGUUUAAAGAUGUUGGCGUGCACCGAAAUGAUCACGAUGUGUCUCCAGUCGGCGAAGCGCGAGCAUCUCCGCUCCAAACUGCAGCAGCAACAGCAGCAUCAGAUGCAGGAUGCGGUUCACGGACUGUCCAUCUUUCACGAUAUUUUCCGCAGAGCUGACAAAAAUGAUGACGGGAAGCUGUCCUUCGAGGAGUUCAAAGCCUAUUUUGCAGAUGGGAUUCUCACAACCGACGAGCUGCGGGAGCUGUUCUACUCCAUUGAUGGACGGCAAACAAAUAACCUCGAUACAGACAAACUAUCAGAUUACUUUUCUCAGCAUCUUGGAGAAUAUCUGGAUGUUCUGUCGGCGUUAGAGAAACUCAAUGUCGCCGUCCUGAAGGCGAUGGACAAGACGAAGGAGGAGUACCAGGGUUCAUCGGUUCUGGGGCAGUUUGUGACCCGUUUCAUGUUGAGGGAGACGUCUAGUCAGCUGCUGUCGCUCCAGAUGUCUCUGCAGUGUGCUAUGGAGGCUGUGGAGGCACAAAGUAGCACCUCUCCGGUUGAAGUUAAAGUCCCGGAUCAUCUGAUCAUACAGAAGAACAACAGAAGAUGUGGCCGUCGAGUGCAGAAGAACAUGUGUUUGUCGCCUACUGAUCCGUACUCGGGCAUUCUCACUACUGGCGUUACCGUAGAUACAGAUGAGCACUGGUGCUCUCAGAUCAACAGACUGCAGCAGCUCAUCGACAAACUGGAGUGUCAGAGUCCAAAGUUGGAGCCACUGAAAGAAGAUACACUGGCCAGCACGUACAAAUCAAACAUUCUGCUGGUGCAGAGACAGAUGAGCGUGACGGAGAACGAUCUCGAGGAGUUCCAGAAGGCUCUGAAGAGCUACGCCGACACCACCGCCAAUCAGAACGACAACCUACAUGUGUCCAUCCAGAAGCUUCCUGAGAAGAGCUGCUACAUCAUCUAUGAGUUCUGGCAGGACCGCAUUUCCUGGAUGAGUUAUUUGCAGUCUGACGCCAGUAAGAUGUUCCAGCGCUGCAUCAUAGACAUGCUGGAGGACCCAGAGAUCGUCUCCACGAUGCUCAUGCCUGCAUCCUGGUGGAUCAUGACAAACAACUAACAGCAACAAGAAAACACAGCUGAACCCCGAUCGGAAAAAUGACCCCGUUGUGUCUUUGAAUUAAUGAAUAGCUCUAAAAAAAAAAAAAAAAAAAAAUCAGAUCACACACCGUUUUUGUGUUGCAUUUUAUAGAUAAUGUCUGCCUGAUAGAAAACACAGAAAACAAAACAUGUUACACAGGGUUGUGCAUCAUUCAGAAGUGAAUUCAGAUGCUUGGACAAAGUGGACACAGAAAUAUUGAAUUUGAAUCAGUGUUUUAGUUUUUUUAGUUUUUAUAUUUUUAGUUUUCAUGUUAAUUUUAGUUUCAUUUUUGGUAAUUUUGUUAUGUGCUUUUGUCAUUUUAUUUUUUUGUAAAUAUUGCUAUUAAGUUUUUUUUUUUAGUUAGUUUUAGUUUUUAUUUAUUUCCAGUUAAUAAUUUUAGUGCUUCAGCUUAAAGUUUUUCAGUUUAUUGCCAAGGCAACAUUUCUAUUUUGUUUACAUUUUUUAAUAUUUUUAUUUUAUUUUAUUUUAUUUUAGCAUUAUUUCCAUAAACAAAGAUAUUAAUAUGAAUGCUAAAGUAUUUAAAAUAAUAUAUUUUAUUAUAUUUCAUUAUAUUUAAAAAGCUACCUUUGUUUUUAUUGACCAAUGGAAGAAUAAUUAAUAUAUUAUUAUUUAAUAAUAGAUUCAUAUUUUGCUUGUAGUAUUUAUUUUUAUGUCGAAUGGUGAUCUGCUCUGCAAAAUUAAGAUCUGUUUUGAUGGCUUUUAAUUGUUUUGACAAUUAAACUUUAAGUUUAGAUAAACACUGAGAAGAAAAUAUAUAUACAUGUCAGGGAAUAGAUAGGCAUAAUUAGUCAAAAAUAAUGAUGUAAAUAUUUAUGUUUUAGAGCUUGUGUUGAACUAAUGGAGUUCCUCUGUGUGACUGUAUUGAAUUUCUUUGGAAUUCACAAUUCUUGAUUCAGAUUCACACUCGUGAACCGAAUCUUCAGAUCUGAAUUGUGCUCAACCCCGACGCUAACAGGCAUGGGUGUGAUUGAUAUUCUUCGCAUGUAUAGAAAAUCAAAGCGUGUUUUGCUCCAUUCCGUGAUGAAGCUUUUCAAGCCAGUAGCUUUGAUGCAGAUACAGCGACUCUCAGAGCAAAACAACAAGAAGAAACACAAGAAUUCAUGUAUUCUUGUAAAUAAUUACGAUAACACUAGCAAAACGAUCUGCUACUCGAGUUGAACACCUUUAAAGUCACAUUUACUUCUCUGGAUACUGGAACAUGAAACUGCAUGCCGAUUAGGAGACGUUUUAUAGUGUCAGCUGAUUUGCAACAAACAAUUAUUUCUCAAGCGAAGUUUGAAACAUAGGAGUCUGACUGUGAAUAGAAUAGACUUUUCAUGGAGAUGUAUUGUAAACCCUCCUGAAGGUGUUUAGAGGACUAUUUCACCCUCAUUUACUUGUUCUAAACCUGUAUAAACACAAAAAGUGGUGUUUGAGGAGUGAAUGAUGAUUUCAGGGUGAUCUAUUCCUUUAGUUUACUGCAUAGACACUGUAAGAUCCUGGUUUGACUGUCUUAUUGUUCGAUGAACAUGGAAACCUUCUAGUUGUUGUACUAUUCAUGCAUCUUAACUGAAAAACACAAACCUGACCUUUUUGCUUUAGGUUUUUCACUUUAUGUGGAUCAGUCAUUUGAAUGAAAAUAAAACUCGAAUGAUUA